GUUAUGAGCCCAAACGGCUUGGUAUGGGCACUGCGGUGUACGCGGAAUAUGCGCUGGGGGAGUUCACGCUCAAGUCGUCGCGGAAGCAACGGGCUCCGACGACAGGGGGAGCGGACCAUACAAGUGCGCGGUGGACACGCAGUCGCUCUUUGCGUUCGGGAAAAGGACGGCCGAGUUCUGCACAAGGAGGUGGUUUCGAGUGGUGUGAGUGGUGGAUCGAAAGAGGUCGAUCGAGAAGGGGAACAACAACAAGCUCAAGCAAGGCUCAAGGACGGCUACAAGGUGUCAAGGGACGACGUGGUGGUGAACAUGAGGGAGCCGGGAAACCUAGCGAACGCGGCAGCAACGGGAUACGCUGGCCAGCGCGCAGGUGGUAAACUCUACAAGAAUGUAUGCAGUGAAGAGGCUGCAGCUGACAAGCAUCAUGCGGAGAGCAGCAGAAUGGCUCCCAAACGGCUUGGUAUGGGCACUGCGGUGUACGCGGAAUACGCGCUGGGGGAGUUCACGCUCAAGUCGUCGCGGAAGCAACGGGCUCCGACGACAGGGGGAGCGGACCAUACAAGUGCGCGGUGGACACGCAGUCGCUCUUUGCGUUCGGGAAAAGGACGGCCGAGUUCUGCACAAGGAGGUGGUUUCGAGUGGUGUGAGUGGUGGAUCGAAAGAGGUCGAUCGAGAAGGGGAACAACAACAAGCUCAAGCAAGGCUCAAGGACGGCUACAAGGUGUCAAGGGACGACGUGGUGGUGAACAUGAGGGAGCCGGGAAACUUAGCGAACGCGGCAGCAACGGAUACGCUGGCCAGUGCGCAGGUGGUUAUGAGCCCAAACGGCUUGGUAUGGGCACUGCGGUGUACGCGGAAUACGCGCUGGGGGAGUUCACGCUCAAGUCGUCGCGGAAGCAACGGGCUCCGACGACAGGGGGAGCGGACCAUACAAGUGCGCGGUGGACACGCAGUCGCUCUUUGCGUUCGGGAAAAGGACGGCCGAGUUCUGCACAAGGAGGUGGUUUCGAGUGGUGUGAGUGGUGGAUCGAAAGAGGUCGAUCGAGAAGGGGAACAACAACAAGCUCAAGCAAGGCUCAAGGACGGCUACAAGGUGUCAAGGGACGACGUGGUGGUGAACAUGAGGGAGCCGGGAAACUUAGCGAACGCGGCAGCAACGGAUACGCUGGCCAGUGCGCAGGUGGUAAACUCUACAAGAAUGUAUGCAGUGAAGAGGCUGCAGCUGACAAGCAUCAUGCGGAGAGCAGCAGAAUGGCUCCCAAACGGCUUGGUAUGGGCACUGCGGUGUACGCGGAAUACGCGCUGGGGGAGUUCACGCUCAAGUCGUCGCGGAAGCAACGGGCUCCGACGACAGGGGGAGCGGACCAUACAAGUGCGCGGUGGACACGCAGUCGCUCUUUGCGUUCGGGAAAAGGACGGCCGAGUUCUGCACAAGGAGGUGGUUUCGAGUGGUGUGAGUGGUGGAUCGAAAGAGGUCGAUCGAGAAGGGGAACAACAACAAGCUCAAGCAAGGCUCAAGGACGGCUACAAGGUGUCAAGGGACGACGUGGUGGUGAACAUGAGGGAGCCGGGAAACUUAGCGAACGCGGCAGCAACGGAUACGCUGGCCAGUGCGCAGGUGGUUAUGAGCCCAAACGGCUUGGUAUGGGCACUGCGGUGUACGCGGAAUACGCGCUGGGGGAGUUCACGCUCAAGUCGUCGCGGAAGCAACGGGCUCCGACGACAGGGGGAGCGGACCAUACAAGUGCGCGGUGGACACGCAGUCGCUCUUUGCGUUCGGGAAAAGGACGGCCGAGUUCUGCACAAGGAGGUGGUUUCGAGUGGUGUGAGUGGUGGAUCGAAAGAGGUCGAUCGAGAAGGGGAACAACAACAAGCUCAAGCAAGGCUCAAGGACGGCUACAAGGUGUAAAGGGACGACGUGGUGGUGAACAUGAGGGAGCCGGGAAACUUAGCGAACGCGGCAGCAACGGAUACGCUGGCCAGCGCGCAGGUGGUAAACGCUACAAGAAUGUAUGCAGUGAAGAGGCUGCAGCUGACAAGCAUCAUGCGGAGAGCAGCAGAAUGGCUAAGAAGCGUGAAAACCGUCUGCAAAUGGUGCAAGUUGCAGAUGAGGAUUAA